GCGCUUUCGUGCAGUCAUUUUUUAACCGUCGUUCUGAGUGGAUGUUAAUUAGUGCGUGUGUGUUUCGUGUUCGUGAAUUGGAAUCCUAGCAUUUUCUUCAACAUUGCACCUCAACCACCUGCACAAAUUCAGAACAAAUGCAAAGAAAGUGUAAAAUGUGACAUAAAAGUGCAAAUAUAAUAUGCAAAAAGCAAAAAAAUAGUGAUAAAAAUUGAAUUUGAAACAAGUGCAAGAAGGUGAAAGAAUUUUCAGUGGUACGCUGCUGCUGAAAAAAAAAGUUGCAAAGAAAAAAGGUAGAAGAGCAGCAGCAAAAGCAAUUCGCAGUGAUAGCGGCAGAACACAAGCAAAAGCAGCGGCCGAAACGUGCGCAGCAAACGGGAAAAACGAGGCAAAAAGGAAGGUGUAUUUUGUGCGCCCUUUACGUGUGCGUGUGUGUGUGUUCGCAGUGUUUUGUGUAAAAGAAUGUAAAACGUUUACAACGACGAAGCAACGCACAAAGUGUAAACGUGGAAAAAAGUGUUUGCGAAGCGCGUACAUUGGAAAUGUGUGAAACUGAAGCUGCGCUGUCGUGCUGACUGCCAACGUUGUGGGUAGCAGCGCUGUCGCUGCUUUAAAUACACGACUGUGCUUUGUGUGUUUUUGCAAACAAUGUCUAGCUGCGCUGCGUCGCGGUCACAAAAGCCAAUUUGAAGCGGUGGAAAAAAUCCGUUUUAUCACAAAAAUUUAAAAGAAUUGUCUAUUUGCUGCACAUUUUUUGCUAGGAAAAUAUUUGUUGAUGUCAAUAAAAUAUUUCGCAGUCAAUGGAGAAUAUAACGUGUUGAGAAAUAACAAAAGUUACAACAAAAUUUUUGCAAAACCAAGCAGACACAAAGAAAUGUUGGUCUAAAAAUGUUUCAAAGCAAGAUAUACACAUAGAAAAUAAAAAAUUUAAAAAAGUGAGUGCAGUGGUGUAAAUAAAGUGCUUAUCUGCUUAACAUAAAUAGCAAAAUAAAUACAUGAACGCUUAGAUAAGAUUGCUAGUUAAAUAAAAAAUAUUGAAAAUUAAAUAUUUAAAAAGCUCGCUAAAGCAAAGCAAUUUUAAAGCAUAAACAUAAAAAAGUUGUAUGAGCACAGCUAAAGCUAAAUAUUUGUUAAAGUAAAACAUAAAGUGCAUAAAAAGUGUGUGUUUUUACAUUUUGUUGGCGACAACUUGGUAUUUACAAAAGUGACAACAAAGCAAGUAAAAAUGCAAAACUAAGCGCAGCAGUCCAAACGUGUGUGAAACAAAAAACCAAUCGUCGUAACUUAAAGCUUCCUGCAUCAAUGAUGGCUUCCAACUAAGAGAUAUUUCUACCGAAACAAAGAAGAUACCGUGGAGUCACUGAGGCAUACGCGUUGUCAAUUAGUCAAAUUAUAAGUAAAUAUACAAGCAACUGCCAAAAAAAUUGUGGAGAAAAGUAAAAAAGGAAUAACGCGAGGACGCUGUAGAAAACAAAGAAAGUAAAUUAAAUAAAAAAGAAACAAAAAAUUUGAAACCACUUGAGAAUUCAUAUGUACGUGGAAUAUAAGCCGAAAAACAAACCACACACUCAACAUAUGUUCCACACUCACAAGCAGUCGAUCGAAGACAACAACUCUACCUGGAAACACCUUUCAUGAAAUGACACAGCUGUUAUAAUUAGCAGUGACACAAACCUGAACACACGUUCCACCAUUGUCGAUAAGGCAGUGUACACAACGUUGGAUUAAAUAGCGAAGUGUUUUCAACGCGAGAUUCGUGUAUUGUACAUGCUGCUUGUGGAACAUCGCAUUAUCAUCACACGAUCGUAUAAGAGAUCACGGUAUAAGUUCCAAACAGCAAAAACGUAGUGAGGAGCGUAAAGUGGAAGCAAUAGAGCAUCAUUAUUUAACAGAGGGGAACUGGACUAGCCAUAAUGGAUUCCACAGAUGGGCGCAUUGUACGCGCUCCAGCGCGCCGUAAACGCAACGAUGAGCAACUGGUCGAUCGGAUAAAGCUCAAAAAAGUGCUCGGCCUCACAGUUUGCAGCAAUGCCGCCUUGGAUGUUUCGCCCGUUAGCGGUCUCUUGGCCUAUCCAGCAGGCUGCACUGUGGUCCUGUUCAAUGCGAAACGACAAACACAGGCCUACCUGGUCAACACAUCCCGCAAACCAUUCACAUCGGUCGCAUUCUCACGCUGCGGCCGUUAUGUCGCCACCGGCGAGUGUGGCAUCAAUCCCGCCAUCAAAGUUUGGGAGCUAGACUCGCCGAAUGGCAAUCUCGAGCACACCACCGGCGGCAAUGUGGUGGCGGAAUUCUUCGAUCACAAAUAUGCCGUCACAUGUGUGGCCUUCUCACCCACCGGCAAGUACCUGGUAUCGAUUGGUUCACAACACGAUAUGAUUGUGAAUGUAUUCGACUGGCGGUCGAAUCAAAAGAUGGCCUCAAAUAAAAUCAGCUCCAAAGUGUCGGCGCUAAGCUUUGCCGAGGAUGGCAGCUACUUUGUCACAGUGGGCAAUCGUCAUGUCAAAUACUGGUAUAUGGAGGGCGGACGCAGGUACAAGGAUCCCAUACCGUUGAUGGGUCGCAGUGCCAUAUUGGGUGAUUUGCGUGACAAUGACUUCUGUGCGGUCGCCUGCGGCAAGGAUGAGACUAAGGAUCGCACAUAUGCCAUUACCCGACAGGGUCAUUUGGUUGAGUUCAGUUCACGCCGUUUGUUGGACAAGUGGGUGCAGUGUCGCACAACGAGUGCCAAUUGUCUAACGGUGAAUUCGCGCUUCAUACUCGUCGGUUGUGCCGAAGCCAUUAUACGCAUUUUUAAUGCCGCCACAUUGGAAUAUGUGACGACAUUGCCGCGUACACAUUAUCUGGGUGUGGAUGUGGCGCAAGGUAUACAUAUCAAUCACAUCAUGACCGUACCGCCGCAUGCCAAAUAUCCGGAUUGUGUGGCGAUGGUUUAUGAUGAGCAGCGAUCGAAGGUCAGUUGCGUGUACAAUGAUCAUUCGCUCUAUAUUUGGGAUAUGCGGGAUAUAAAACGUGUGGGCAAAUCGCACUCUUUUCUCUAUCAUUCCACCUGCAUUUGGGGCGUGGAAACUGUGCCAUACAAUAUGGAGCGCGAAUUGUCGGAUACACUGCCCGAAGAGUCGUUUGUCACGUGCUCCUCGGACGAUACGAUUCGCGUGUGGGGUCUUGAUGGCUGCACAAACACGGAAAAUUAUCGUAAAAAUAUUUACUCCAAGGAACUGUUGAAAAUUAUGUACAUCGACGAAGAAAUGAACUUUAUCAAGGAUCAAGAUCUUUCGGGCGAUAAAAACUCCAAUACCGCCUAUGACGGUCGCAAUGGUGUACGCUGCAUACGAAUUAGUCCGGAGUUGCAGCAUUUGGCCAGCGGCGAUCGUUGCGGCAACAUAAGAAUCUAUAAUUUGGCGAACACAAAGUUAAUCAUGUCAAUUGAGGCACACGAAUCGGAAGUGCUGUGUCUUGAGUACUCGAAUGAGAAGAUCGAACGAAAGUUGUUGGCGAGCGCGAGUCGCGAUCGUCUAAUACACGUAUUCGAUGUAUCACAAGAUUACUUGCUGCUGCAGACAUUGGACGAUCACUCGUCCUCCAUAACUUCGAUCAGAUUUGUGGGAUCCGGUCUGAAUUUCCAGAUGAUUUCUUGUGGUGCCGACAAGUCGAUUAUGUUCAGAACAUUCCAGGGCAACAUUUUCCUGCGCGGCACAAAUACCUCCGGCAAAACAACGUUGUAUGAUAUGGAAGUGGACUCAAAUGCCAAACACAUACUCACCGCCUGCCAGGAUCGCAAUAUACGCGUCUAUGGCACACAAAACGCCAAACACACAAAAACCUUCAAGGGUUCACACUCGGACGAGGGUAGUUUGAUUAAGCUCAGCCUCGAUCCCAGCGGCAUUUAUGUGGCCACCUCGUGCACAGAUAAAACGCUUGCAGUCUACGAUUACUAUUCCAAUGAGUGUAUGGCACGCAUGUAUGGCCACAGUGAGUUGGUCACUGGGCUCAAAUUUACCAACGACUGUCGCCAUCUCAUCUCGGCCAGCGGUGAUGGCUGUAUUUUUGUGUGGCAAGUGCCACACGAUAUGAUUGUCACAAUGCAAGCGCGUCUCUCGCAACAGCGACUACGUUCUGGUCAUGCGCCAUUACCACCCCGUCCCGGUUCAAUUAUAGCCACGCCGGAAGGCAUCAUAGUCGAGUCGCCAACACAUGAAAUGGAGGAUACGGCAACGCCACACAAAUUCAUCGCAUCGCCGUCAAUGUUCACCGAAGAGCCGGCACUGACGCCGGGCUAUAAAUUUUCGGAUGUGGGACAAUUACCGCAGUGGGCGAAACGAAAGGCUGCGGCAAAUGCUGAUGAGAGCGUUGGCGUUUCCAUACCUGGCUCAACCGUCUCCGCCAUGCAGUCUGCCUCGUCAACAUCCAAUUUGAGUUCAUCACCGAGUCAAUUAGGUGUUGGUGGUGUGCCGCGUGCGCGUGGCCGUUGGGCACAACGUGGCCCAUUCGAUCCGGACGAUCUGCGUUCAAAUUCGGAAAGUCCUUUGGGCACUAUAACCUCGAGCGUUGGUGGUAUGGGCGGCGUGGGUGGUGGUGUUGGUGUCGUUGUGAGUGGCGGUGGUAUGGGCAAUACACAAACAUCCGACUACAAUAGCGCAUCGUCCAAGGACAUAAUGUAUAACCAGACUUACCUCAGUGAAGAUUCGUCAAUUGAUUCGGGCAUGGAAACGCGUCGCGAAUUGAAAUUCAUUGGUAGCAAUAAUAGCGGUACAGUGCCAACGGUGACCGGCAGCAAUGGUGGCACAGCGCCCAAUCGCUUGGCGCCUGAGAAACGCAAGCCCGGUUUGCGUUUCGAUCCACAAUCCAAUGAGCAUGAUGGCGAUGUCGAGGAUAUUUCGGAUGGCGAACGCACCAGUUCAGAUCACGGCAUGUUCUACAACAACAUAUCGCCCAACACGCCAACUGACUUCAAAGUGACCGCCAUGAAUGAGGAUGAACUGCGCAAGUCGAUGCGUAGACAGAAAUUCGAUAAAGCUGGGCUGACGCUGCCCGGCAAUGGCAGCACACACACCGCCAGCACUGGCACCGGCACCGGCACCUCGGACACCGAAGACGAAGGCUCAACACCGAGCGCUGAGAAUGCCGAGCGUUCGCUGGCGUCCACCUUAGGCGGCAGCUCGGAGAGUAUACCACAGGCGGCAAGCAGUUUCCUGCAGGCCGCCUUGCCCGAGGGUCCUGGCAGCAUGCUAGAGCGUGGCAGCACAAAUCGACGCAGUAUUAGUGCCAAACAUAAUACAGAGAACGGUAAACCUGUGUCCAGCGCGUCCACUAUCACCAAGUCGUUCACCAGCACGAAGAAGGACGAGCUGCUGAAGGUGAUCAGCGAAGUCAAGCAGCAAUUGGAAAACGGCGCACGUAAAAAUGGAGUUAAGAGGUUGAAUGCAAUACCGGAGGUCGGCUAUCGCUCGCUGCGUGGCAGUCACAGCAUUUCGGAUCUAAGUCUAGCGGGCAAUAUGGAUAAUGCGUCGAGAUCGGCAGCCGCCGCUAACCGUUAUGCGAAGACAGCUCCUCUUAAUGAACCCCCACAGUACGCUAGCUAUUAUAAUUCCCUAUUACAACAACAACAACAAACAUUAACAACACCACAACAACAGCAACAGAUGCCGCCACAAACGCAACAAAUGUCUGCGCCACGACAAUUCCAAACUUCGCCACAAUAUCCGAAUUAUCCACGUUCACCACUCCAACAAUCGUUUAGUCAAGACCAACAACAGACACCACAACAUUUCUUCAAUUGCGCUGCAUCGCGUUCGGUGCUUCAACAAAGCUGUCAAGCUAUGCGUCAAGUGCAACAACACUAUCCACCAUAUCCGCAUCACGUUGGUGUACACCAAAUACAUCCACCGCCGGGCGUACCCUUCAUGGCGCCCAAUGCGCGCAACACCACACCGCGCACGCAAACGCAACAUAGCGGCAAACAGUCAGCGGGCGCUUUCAAUAGCUCGACGCUGCCCGCGCAAGGUCAGCAUACACGCGUCAAACGCAAUCCGGCGGGCAAUGCGCGUCGCACACCAAGCAUAUUGAAGCACUACAAGUCGUGUCCGGUGUCGCCGGUGCACGAGGAGGUCGAAUGGUCGGCGGAUAAUAAGAGCAGCAUUAUAAUAACCGAACCGAAGCGCCACUCGGUAUACGCGGAAGAUGCGCGCACCAUACUCGACAUGAUACAGGCCGACACCGAGAAGAUGAUUGAAGAGAUACAGAAGAAGUAUGGUGAUUUGGAUGAUAUCGGUGUCGAUUUAUAUGACGCCAAAUUGGGCGGACGCUAUUCACAACUCGUGACUUCACAAUCGGUACCGUCCUGUCUUUCGCCACCUGUGUAUGCGACAGGCAGACAGCCGCCUUUAGUAGCACCCGCAACUGGGCCGCACCUGACACAUACGCUACCCUAUCAAAUGCACUCGCCAGGCGCGCUAACACCGCCAAAGCGUGCAGUGUCCGAGUACUACAUCUAUCAGGAAUUCUAUCAGUGCCAUCGUAAUGUUUCGCUGUCGGAUAUAUUGGCGCCUGAACAGCAGGCAGAGACGCGUCGCAUCGAGGAGGCGCGUUUUCUCGAAACACAGCGGCACUCAAGCGCCAGUUUCUUUCUCACCUCGCAAUUUGGCGAGCGCAAGAGUCAGGAGUCCCUACUCUCCGAUGAGUUUCUGGAUGAAGGCAGCUACUGCAACAGCAUGGAGAGCAUACUCUCGGAUGAAAGCGAUUGCAAAAGUGCGCCUAUGGAAACGCAAGUGCAACGUCAUGCUGGCAUACGCAACUUCAUUUUGCAUGGACCGGUAAGCGCUGCGGCAGCCAACACCACACAGCUGGUGACCAAGUCGUAUGGAUCUAGUCCAAAUGCUUAUGGCAGCUUUGAUUACUACAUGCAACAGCGUAACAUGCAGCAUUCGCCGUUGCCUUACGAGAGCUUUGACGUGUCCAGCUAUAAUUUGGAGAAUUUCAAAACCGAAAGUGUGCGCACCAAAACGCCAAUUAUGCAAAAGAAACUGCCCAACUCGAAAACAUAUCCACGCAUCGCUGAUUCGCCGAGCCGCACAGCUGUCGGCAUCAAAGCGGAAGACAUACCGACGCUCAGCUCCAAGAACAAGCAAUACAAUUCGGGUGUCAACAAGAGUCUGAGUCAGGACUUUGCGCAACAGCGUCUACAACGCACCACUAAUCCGCUACAAAUGGAGCGCAACACAUAUGAUGACAAGCUCUUCACUAAGAAGACGGUGAAACCGAAACCACCUGUGCCAGCAAAGCCUCAAAAUCUCGUCUCAACACUCACGUCAACAGUGGAGACGGCGCAUGCCGGGAGCGCGCCCAGAGGUACAGCGCCCAAGUAUUGCGCCUUCGAUGUGGACACCACCGAUGUGCGCUGCCAGUCGCGCACCGCCAGCGUCGUGCGUAAAUUCGAGCGCAACCUACAAAAAUUCGAGCGCGAAAAACAAGCCGAGUUGCAAACCAAAAAAGCGAGCGGCAUGCGCCCAUCUGUGAGCAGUGGCGCGCUUACCACACACAGUUGUUUGAAAAAAGUUUCGAAAUUCGAUACGAACGUCAAGAAUGCGCCGGCGUCACGACGCGCCACAAGCAUGCGUACGCGCGGUCGCCCCAAAGUAGCGGUGCGCUUCAAUACAGUCUCACAAAUCAAGUACACGCCCAGCGAGAAGCGUUCGUCCUCAUGCAGCAGCGGCAGCACCGCGUCCGCCUAUUCUGCCUGCGCGACAAUGGAGCGCGAAACCGCCACCUGUCCGCUAAACGAUAUCAAUCGCAACGUCGAGUCGCCACCGCCCAUUGUAGGCAGUCUGCCCAGCGAUUAUGGUGGUGAGCGCUCCUUCGAAAUGUAUAUAGCCGAAAAUGGCAAUGAACAUGAAAAUAUGAAUAUGGACAGUCUGAAAUUGUACACCAAACCCGAACUGCAAGCGGUCGUCGACGAGAUACAGCAGGAGCGUGAGCGUGAUGCCAAGCAUAAAAAGAAUAUGGCCAAUGUGGAGAAGACAACUGCGGCCGACACGACCACCAGUAAUCAGUGUAAAAAUAUUGCCAAGAAAAUCGAUAUCAUACAAAAAUUAAUCGAAAUGGAAGAACGCAAGCUGGAGCAAAUACGCAUUGCCACCGAGUCACGCAUGCGUCCCUUCGAAUGCAACUCCAAGCAGAAGGGUUAUGUGAAGAGCUUAACGAUGAACUUCGAUAUGCUCGCCAAGGGUAUCGAGAAGGAUAUCGAGAAUGAGCAACGGCGCAUAUGUGCCGACAGUAAUGAUGCGGAUUUGUGCGCCUAUGCGCGUCACAUCAAGCGCAAUAUUAGUUUGCCCGAUGUGCUGGAGCGCACCGAUCUGUUCGGCAAGUCGCCGCCGGCUGCGCACUCCUCAUCGACAGAUGAGGAUGAAGUUGAGCUGGCGAAGGAGGUGAAGGCCGACUCGGAUGUGGAGGCGGCCGACGAUGUAGUCGAACACGAGAGCGAGAAGAUGCGCAUUGAUUUCGAUGAAAAGGAUCGAGGUUUGCUGCGCAAUCCAAAGAGUCUGCUUCCAAUGCCAGUCGAAGACUCCUCUAUGCGGCGCUCUUGUUCGCUUAGCGACUUGCAUAUGGGAAAUCUUGGCAAAUCGGGCAAGUCAAACGGUAGUCAAUUGAAAAACCCCGGUGUGGUUUAUCGCAACAGUACAACAACAAGAUCGGCGAAUAAGCGCAAUAGUUUGCAGCUAAAGAGCUCUGCUGUCGGUUUGGGUGCAUCGAGUUCAUCCAUUGGUGUGCUAAAUCAAGCGAGCGAUUCGGAAAACGAAGACAGCAAUCGUGGCCGAAGCAGUGGUAACAACCAAAAUCGCAGCAAUGGACCCACGGCCGCCAAUCGUCAGUAUGCCAACAAGAAUUCGAAUGCCAACAACAAUCGACGAAAAGGCUUACAGCCAAAUUUCAGUAAUGCCACGCCACUGCAAGAUGACUCCAGCUCCGAAGAGACACCCGCCGGCACGUCCAAUUCCAAACCAAUAGUGCCACCACGCCCGCGCAAUUUGACCUUCGAUCACAAGAGCAAAGUGCUCAACAGUCCGAACGUGAUGAAGCAGCGUGGCGCAUUUGAGGCGCCUGAAUUUGGCGCACUGGAUGCCAGUGAUCCGAAAUCCCAAGUGCACAAUGUGAUCAACAAUUUGUAUACAACAACACAAACAGUCAUGCAACUGCAUGCGAAUCUGAAGAAUUGUGAAGACUCACUGAUGCUAAAGGAACUGGAGAACGCUGUGAUCAUGACACAAAACAUGUUGACAAACAUUACACAAAACAAAAACGACAAAAACAAUUCACAACAUAGUCACGCCUACACAACCACUGAACAGGCGAAUCUAGACAACGGCGACUACCUAAUGAUGGUGAACAAUUGCGCCGAUCUUUUAAGCAAUUUCCGUAUGAAGCACAAACUCGAUGACUGUGAGAAUAACUCCUAGUGUAGUAAUAGCGGCACUAGCAGCACUGGCGGAGCAUCCAGCACAUAAAUCAAGAAAGCAGCAAAAAUGCCGAGAAAUAUAUUGCAGCAGAAUAAAAUGAUAAAUAAAUGAAUAAAUAAGGCAGCCAAAAUAAUAAAUGAAACUAAACACAAAAAGAAAUGAAAUGAAAGCGAAAGCGAAAGCGAGCAAACGAAAGCGAUAAGCAAGUGUCUGAAUGUGUCAACUCCAUUUUGGAGCUUUACUAAUAAGCAUACUAAUAAUAAUAAUUCAACUAAAAUUAAUGAGUUAUGUAAGCUAAAUAAAUUUUUAGGUUAUGUUCUUAGAAUUUGUAAGCGAAAAAGUGAAACAUUGCAGUGCGUUGUAUGUGUAGUUGUAGACUUUAAUUAAUUUCACUUCAACUAAAGCGCUGUAAUUGUAACGAGACACCAACAACUAAUAUUUAAUAAACAACAAACUAAAAAUAUGAAAAAAUAAUACAAAAUAGGCCUAAAAUGUAAGUGAAAAGCAUACUUUAAGGCGCACAUGCGCGCUGUGCAAAAACUAAAAGCGUUAGCAAUAAAAAAGUGAUUUGCUUAAUACACACAUACAUACUUAUUUACUGGCUUGCAAACAGCAAAACAAAAGUUGUGUUUAAACUUAUUUAAUUUUUUUUAUAAUUUUUUUUUGUGAAAUUAAAAAACGACUAACUGUUAUAUUCUGCCUUAUUUAAUUGCACACACACCCACAGACACGCAUACACGUACAUAAAAGUUUGUUUGUUGUGCGUUAGACAUAUAACUGUACGCAAUGGCUUAGUGAGUUUGUAAUUUGUUUGUUAAGUUUGCCGCUGUUUGUAUAUGUAUUUGUAAGUUGUAAGUUUUGUUAAGCGUUUAACCUUAAGUUUAAUGCUAUUUAGUUAAAUUUGUACUCUAAUACACGCAUACAUCUUUGUAGUAUAUGGUAUGUGCACACAAAUAACGGUAUAUGUUUAGAAUUUAUAGUCGUGCGCUCAUAAAGGCGUACGCUUAACGAAGUUUGGUCAAUCGCUGAUGGCUGUAGGCAGCGCCCACCACACACACACAUAUAACUCCACAAUUAAGCGCGUUUACGGUUAAUUUACGAUUUGUGUUAAUUGCCUUUACACUUGUAUGCCUAAGUUAAGUUUAAGUGUUUAAUUGAAAUUUGUUUCACAAGCUGUGGGAAGUCGUAAUCAGUUGUAUAUGUAAUUGCUAUGAAAACAAAUGAGCGCAAAAAAAAAUGAGCUCAAGAAAAAAAUUGAGAGAAGCUCAGAAAAAGGCUAAACAACAUUUUUAGUAAGGAAAAUUUUCAAUGUAAAAAUAUUGAGAAGGAAAUUUUGCAAAAGAAAAUUUUAAAAAAUGUGGCAACGAUAAAUUUCAAUGUAAAAAUAUUGAGCAGGAUAUUUUGGUAAAGAAAAAUUUGAAAAGUCGUUAAAAAUAUGCUGGCAAGAAAUUCUUGUGAAAAAAAUUAAAAAAAAAAAAAUAGUGAAAAAUGUUUGUAAAAUAUAUACCUAUAUUUUUUGUAUAUUUGUAGCGGUAUUCAAGCAGUCUAGAGUCAAAAAAACGCGAUUUAUAAAAAAAAUGAAAAAAAUACUUUAAGUGGGUAUUCUAGUCUAGAGACAUGAAUUUCAGCUAAUUUUUUAGGUGUCGUAGAAAAAAAAGCAAUUAAUAUUUUUACUAUCCAUUUAUUUUUUAGUUAUUUAUAAACAUCGCAAGAAUACUGGCAAAACUCAUAAAUUCUAAAGUUAAAAUUUUCAAAAAUUAGGUUAGGCAGUUAAUGAAGAUUGACAUGUCAUUUGGUCAUACUCACGAUUUCAACACUUCUAGCAACCGGAAAGCAAAAAAAGAAAUAUUAAUCAAGAAUAAUGUUGUUGUUGUUGUAGCGGCACAAAUUUGCCGAGUUUACAGUCCUUGACCUGAUUAAAAAUCCGGUUCCGUUUCGGUUACGUAGACCCGAUUGUCGUGGGAACGGAAUAGCAUUAUGUGGCAAUGUCUGGUGCUUGAGUAAAGUUUUAAAACAAUUUUUCGCGAAAUGACGCCUACAUGAAAAACAAAAACAAUUUUUGUAACACUGUUUUUUGACCGUACGAAUUUUGAAAUAAAAAGUAAAAAUUGAAAUUAGAAAAUAUGGUUAGUUUCAGACAUAGACAAGUCUAUAAAUAAGAUUGACUAAAAAUUUCAGCUAAAUCGAUCUAGUAGAAGCUGAUGAAUCGUGGGUAUCGUUUUGAAAACACUCACUGUUUCGAAUUUUUUAAAAGUAGUAAAAAUUGAAAUUUGAAAGAACUAAUAGUUUCAGACAUAGACAAGUCUAUAAAGAAGACUCUCUAAAAUUCAGAUAACUCGCUCCAGUAGUAGCUUAGAAAUCGUGGUUACCUUUUAAAAAAUACAGUUUUCGAAAAAAACGCUUUUAAAGCUUCAAAUAUGGCCGAACUAGUUUGGAUGCGGGGUCAGCAAAAUACCUGCAUAUAUGUAUCUCCGAAAUUUUAAUUUUUGAAAAAUCCUGUUGUUGACUUAUUCCUGAAUAAUUAAACUUUGAAAAUAUGAAAAAAUAAUUUUUUUUAUUUUUAGACUAGAGGUGUCAAUGUGAGGCCUAGUGAUAUUCGCGUCAAGCCCAGGUAUCUUAAAGUGUGACUCUAGGAGCUCGUAACUAAACUCCAUCUGGUAUCGCAAAGAACCAAAACUGGUUCAAGCGUAGCUCAUUAGCCUAUCAGAUCAACAUAACCUAACCUAACUUAUAUAUUUCUGGACUAGAAUACCCGCUUAAAACGCUUUAAAUGCAAUAUUUAAAAUUACAAGCAAAUUUUUUUUUUUAAUUUUUUUGUAUUAAUUGUUUCUUCUUUAUUAAAAGUUUUUUAUAUAUAUAUUUUUUUUUAUAUCAUAUUUUUUUUAAUAUUUUUUUUUCAAUAACUUUUUUCAAUAUAUUUUUUUUGUACCAGCAUUUUUUGUUGCAUGACCAUCAUUUGUUUUCCAAAAAUUCCUUCGCGAUCGCCAUUCGCUAUUAGCAGCUUCUGCUCAUUAACAUUUCUAAAUAUAUAUACAUAUACAUAUGUAUAUAUGCUACACAAAUACAUAAAUAUAUAUAUACAAAUUUGUAUCUUUUGUUUUUGUAUAAUUGCCACACAAUCAACUGUAAUGCUUCCCACAGCAACUAAAGCCAAUGAAUUUCCAAACUCCAAGUAGAAAUCUUAAAUUUUUUCAGCUGCCAAAUUUGUAGUGAAAUACAACAACAAAAAACAGCAAAGCGUCACUACGGGUUUCCAUUUACAAUCUACCAACUACAAUUAAAUUGAAUAAUUUUAUUAUAAAUAUUAUAUCAUAUGUAUAAUUAAUUAUAACUCCUAUGACUAUAGUUAAUCGUAUUGUAGCGUUUAUUAAUAUUUAUAUACAUACAUAUAUAAUUUAUACCUAAAACAAUGAUUGUAAUUAUAACUAUUAUUAUUCAUUAGACUUUAGCCAACACUUUAACCAUUUACUAUAAACAUAUAUAAUUAAAAUAAUAACAUAAAGCAAACAACAACAAUAAGCAACACAAAAUGUUUGCUUAGUCUUUAAACUAAACUAAAUUAAACUAAUUAUUAACCACUAACUUUACUUUACUUAAUACAAGAGCCACAAUACUUUGUAUUAUACAACAAUGAUAAGCCCGACACACAUAUAUACAUACAUACAUACACACUUACACAAAGCUAACAAUUUCGUUUAAUUACUAAAUUUAGGCUGCGUGGCGAAAAAAAAAUUAAUUAUAAUUAAGCAGACAAAAAAGAUAAGUUGUAUUGUAAUCCUAAUGAAAAGACAUUAACUAAAAUAAUAACUAAUAAUAAUGCAAUACAAAUAACAACAAAAUAUGGUACCAAUAAAAUAUAAAUACUUAUUUUGAGAAAAAAUUAUGAUUUUAUUUUCUUUCUUUAUUAUUUUUUGGUUAUUAUUUGCUGCCUUGCGCGCAAGUAACUGCCAGCUAUGCAAAACUGACAAACAGACAUACCUUGCUGCGCUAUUCACACAAUAUAACAAUAUUUUCAAUAUGCACACUGUAUUUCUGAAAUAUUUUCUUAAAAAAACGCCAUUAAAAACUCAAAAUUAAACGCAAAAACAGCACAUAUAUAAUUGGCUAUAUCUUUGGUAAUUUACAAAAUAUGAAGCAAAAUUUGCAAUAAAUGAGCAAUUAUGUCAAUAGCUGCAUAAGCCAGCAGCAUAAUCCGGCAAAUUGCGCGCCUCUACAGCGUUUAAUAGCAUUUUUUUCUCAAAAAAACAGCCGUUCUAUUUUUCUUUCUAAUUUUGUGCUGAAGGUAUUAACGCCUUUUUAAAAUCUAUAGCUCCAUUAGAUGCGCCAAGCUCUGAGCUUUCCAACGACACCUCGUUCAUCGAAAUCGGUCCAUUAGUUUAGAAGUUAUAAGCUUUUUAAGAAAUGUGUGACCCCUACUGCAUGCUUCUGCUGGCCUGGUACCUCAGCAGCCGAUUUGCCCCACAAAUUUGAUAUUUUCUCGGCCGCUGUUUGCCGGAUGGCAAAAAUUUUGGUGCCAAAAUUUUGCAUAAGUUUAGGGGCAGGAUGCACACCCAGCCAGCCAGCGAUUUG